ACAGGGGCGCCGGUCCGCUCGGUUUACACUGACUGAAGUGGGGAUGUCUACAGUGAAGAAGAAGAAGCAGAAGAAGCAGAAGGGGGAGAGAGGUACCACUUUGUCACAGGCUGCUAUGUAGAUUAACCUUUCAAUUAGUUGUUAUCCGGUCCUCUCUGUCUCAACGCGAGCAUUUAGUGUAUCCUUUAGAGAUAAAACAUACAAGGAAACCUCCUAUGGAUGUGCCGCUGUGAGUGUUUAUAUCCGAUCGUCGUUUCCGUCAUCCUGAUAAUGAAGAAGAGGACUGUAUCUGAGAAAAAACUUGAGGAAUUGUAUGACCUCAUAUGAAGGAAUUGUGUUCUAGGUCGUUUGGUAACAGUCCCAACCUUCAAGGAAUUUACGUUCUGGCUACUUUUGUCUUCUUUUGUGAGGUGACGUGAGUUACUACCUUGGAUGAGGAUUUACAGCAGUAUUGUAUGUAUUGAUUCCGAGGUGGAACAGUACCUUUUUGACCUUUUCAAGAUGUGUUGGAUGUACCAAAUGUUUCACAACAAGUGGGAAUCUCUAUGGGUAAUUUUUUCCUGAAUCUCAUCGAUUUAACCAUGGUGAAACUUACCAACCCUCUGUACACAGAGUGGAUUCUAGAAGCAAUACAGAAGAUCAAAAGGCAAAAACAGAGGCCUUCCGAGGAGCGGAUUUGUCAUGCGGUGGCUACCUUACACAGAUUGGACAAGCGGACCGUUCUGGAACAGUUGGAUUUAAGUGUUCAUGAUGGUUCCAUUCUCAAAGUCACCAAUAAGGGGAACGUGUCAUACAAAGACCCCAAGCACCCUGGGAGAGGAUUAUUAUUAUCAUCAUCAUCAUCAUCGCUCAAACCUGUAAGUGCAAACCUCUCUAUUCCAUCGUCUAAAGGAUCUAUAUGGAAGCCGAGUGACCUACGCCAUGUUGAUUGGAAUAAAGUCCUGAGGAGGGCCAUCGAGGGUCUGGAUGAUAGCCGUGGUUCCUCUCUGAAGAACAUCCAGAGGUACCUGAGGAACCAGGAUGAUCCAUCACACGUCCAGGACAACCCGGGGUUCCAGCAGAGGUUACGGCUGGCCGCUAAAUGGGCAGUCAAAAACGGCCGGCUGGCAAAGGAUGGUCCGCGCUACAGGUUGAACCAGGGGGUUAAUGGAGCUGAGGGUAGGAGCCAGAGGUGUCCAGGUGCUUCCCCAUUGGCUCUUCUGUGUGUCACUCUUCUUCCACAUGAGAGAGACCAGCUACGCGCUGACCCCAUCCCAAUAUGCAGUUUCUGUUUGGGAACGAAAGAGUCCAAUCGGGACAAGAGGUCAGAGGAGCUUCUGUCCUGUGCAGACUGUGGAAGCAGCGGGCACCCGUCUUGUCUGAAGUUUUCCCCAGAGCUGACCACUAACGUCAAGAGAUUGCGAUGGCAAUGUAUAGAAUGUAAAACAUGUAGCUCCUGUCAAAUACAGGGCAAAAACGCUGGAAGCCACCACACAGCCCCACACAUGCCUCCUGUCUCCUUGCAGGAUGAGAUGCUGUUCUGUGACUCCUGUGAUCGGGGGUUUCACAUGGAGUGCUGCGACCCGCCUCUCUUAAGGAUGCCAACAGGUACCUGGGUCUGUCAGGUCUGCAGGCCCAAGGAAAAUGGAAAGACAUUUCUGCAUAUGAAAGCCGAUCAGAUCAAACGUCGAUAUGCAAAGCCAAUCGGGAGGCCCAGAAAUAAGCUCAAACAAAGAAUGUCUGUAAGCAGUGGUGAUGGCUCCAUGCUAGCCCGGGGAGGAAGGGGGUCACCUGGUAGGGGUCAAAAGCUUACCGUCUGUUCCACACCUUCAUCUGGUCAUGCAGCAUCUGUGAAGAACGCCACAGACAGAUUGGCUGUUGCUACAGCUGACCCCUGUUGGGCAGGUGACGCUGUCACCCCCACUCCCCAAUUCACCACCUCCUCCUCCACCCUCUCCACCACUCCCCCCCUCACGCCCACCUCGUCCUCCUCCUCCACCCCAGCAGCUAUACUCACCGUUAACAAGAAAACCAAAGGGCUUAUCGAUGGGCUUUCCAAAUUCUUUACCCCCUCGCCUGUCGGUCGUAGGUCGUCGCGAGCCGGCGAGAUCUUAGACCCCUCAGCCUCGAAAGGGUCACAGUCUUGUUCUCCUGCUAGGAAAAAGCCUGUCCCUCCGCCAAAACUAUGGAAACUAAGUCAAUCUCCGUCAGUUGUUGGCAUGGCUGCAAAGCUAACCCCCACCAGCCUAUCUCCCUGUACACUCCCCCUCUCUCCCCCACCCACGUUGUCUGGACAGGGCUCCACCACCUCCCAGGUAUUCUCCACCUCUGCUAACUCCCCUCAGAGUUCUUCCAGCCAGUCUAGCGUCCCCUCCCUUACUAUUUUGUCUGAUCACAACCAGCUUAAGGGACUCUUUGACGGACUCUCCCAUAUCUAUGCCACUCAGGGACAGUCUCGGAAAAAGGGACUGCCUUGUUACGCACCACCUAAGCGCAGGCACCAUAAGGCAUCCAAAACGUGUCCUCUCAUUCCCCAUCCUUCCCAGCAGCACCUUGGAAAGAAAGAGAGAAUAAAGAAUCGGUUGCUGUUGUUGUCCCAUUCAUCCCCUAACGCCUCUUCCCAUCCUGGGCACGGCCGGCCAAGGGGGCGCCCCUUUAAGUUGGUCAGUCAUUUCAGACGUAACCCCUUUUUUAAAAAGCACAGAACGCUAGGCAGGCUAAGAUAUAGAAUGACCCCUCAGAAGGGAACCCAGGAAAUGACCCCUCAGAAGGGAACCCAGGAAACACCAGGAAAGGGAGACAUGACAGACGAAGGAAGAAUUAAGACAGAGCACCACCAUGGCAGUGAAGUGGGGCUGAGGGUGAAGCAGGAACCUGGCUUUGUAGCGGUCUCCAGGGAACACGUCACAGAGGAAGAUGUGGAGAUAUUCACACAGGUCCAAGAGCUCUCGUCGCAGAGAAAUGGAACCAUGACCAUCACUGACUCUGGACGAUUCCCUGCCUUCAUAGAGUUUGGGAAGUAUUGUAUCCAAACCUGGUACUCUUCGCCUUACCCACCUGAAUACUCAAGAUUGCAAAAGCUUUACCUGUGUGAGUUCUGUCUGAAGUACAUGAAAAGCAAGAACAUCCUACAGCGACACACCAAGAAGUGUGGCUGCUUUCACCCUCCGGCCAAUGAGAUUUACAGGAAGGACGACCUUUCAGUGUUCGAGGUUGAUGGAAAUGUCAGCAAGCUCUUCUGCCAAAACCUCUGCCUGUUAGCCAAGCUGUUCCUAGAUCACAAGACCCUAUAUUAUGACGUGGAGCCUUUCCUUUUUUACAUACUAACAAAGAACGACAACAAAGGCUGUCAUCUUGUGGGUUAUUUCUCCAAGGAAAAGCUUUGCCAGCAGAAGUACAAUGUCUCCUGUAUAAUGAUCAUGCCUCAGUACCAAAGGCAAGGCUUUGGAAGGUUCCUCAUUGAUUUCAGUUACCUUCUCACGAGGCAGGAAGGACAAGCUGGCUCCCCAGAGAAGCCUCUGUCAGAUCUGGGUCGCUUAUCCUACCUGGCAUAUUGGAAAAGUGUCAUGGUGGAGUACCUCUAUAAGCAGCCAGAUAAACACAUCAGCAUUAAAGGAAUAAGCAAGGCCACUGGGAUGUGUCCACAUGACAUUACUGCUACUCUCCACAACCUCCGCAUGAUUGACAGACAGGACGGCAGGUUUGUGGUGAUCCGAAGAGAGCGAUUGAUCCAGAGACACAUGGAGAAGCUGCGAGUCAGCCCCAGGCUGAACCAGGUCGACCCUGACGCCCUGCGCUGGACCCCCACUGUGGCCCUCAACUCUGUCCUGUCUGAGGAGGAGAGAGAGGCUGAGAUGGAUGCUGAGCGACUUAAGGAGCAGGCUAGUUGUUGGGAGAAGGAGGAGAGAGAGGUGGUCUACUUGAUGACUCACCCUCGUCCUCCCACUAAGGUCUACAGUAAGAAGCCCUACAGAACCUACCAGCGUCGCCCCACCGCCGGAGAACAAGCCCUGCACGUCUCUGAGGAGUGCAGUGAGGACGAUGAGGAUGGUUCUGAUUGGUCGCUACCCGUCCUAGCGAAGGCCCACGCAGUACUUGGAGUCAAGAGAAAGAGAGAGAGAGAUGAGAGAGCUCUGGUCCUCAAGAAGAGAGGUCAGGAGAGGAGAGGGAUAAGUAGCAGUGUGACAACCGAGACCAUCUCGGAGACGACGGAGGUUCUGAACGAACCGUUUGACAACUCGUCAGACGAGAGGCCCAUGCCCCUGUUGGAGAGGACCUGCAGGGUGGGAGAGACGGAGGAGGAGCUGCUUAGGAAACCAGUAAAGAGACGCAGAGGUCGUCCACGGCUAGAGAAAAACAUGUACAGAGACAAUCACUGGAACGAAGGGGCCGGUGUGCUUGUGAAGAAACCGGGCAGACCUCGAGCAGUAAAGCGCAAGAAGGGCUGGCCCAAAGGAGUGAAACGGGGGCCUCCAAAAUGGCGUCUGAAGAAGGAGAGGAAGAUGGGAUUCAAGCUGAACCUGUACACACCCCCGGAGACGCCGCUGGAGGCCGAGGAGCCCCACAUCCAGGCCGAAGACCCCAAGGAGGAGCUGGACCAGGCCUCUCCCAUCACGGAGGCAGGGUCAGAGCCCGGCAGAGGCCUGGCCAGUCGGGAGAUGGACCAGGCCUCUCCCAUCACGGAGGCAGGGUCAGAGCCCGGCAGAGGCCUGGCCAGUCGGGAGAUGGACCAGGCCUCUCCCAUCACGGAGGCAGGGUCAGAGCCCCGCAGAGGCCUGGCCAGUCGGGAGCUGGACCAGGCCUCUACCAUCACGGAGGCAGGGUCAGAGCCCGGCAGAGGCCUGGCCAGUCAGGAGAUGGACCAGGCCUCUCCCAUCACGGAGGCAGGGUCAGAGCCCCGCAGAGGCCUGGCCAGUCGGGGGCUGGACCAGGCCUCUACCAUCACGGAGGCAGGGUCAGAGCCCGGCAGAGGCCUGGCCAGUGAGGAGAUGGACAAGAAGCUAGCCUUGGAGCCUUCAGAGCCUCGCAGAGGCCUGGCCAGUCGGGAGAUGGACAAGAAGCAAGCCUUGGAGCCUUCAGAGCCCUACAGUCCCAUGGAGGAAGAGCGCUCCCCUGGGGUGUCUCCUGUGACUUCUCCCAUGGCCUGCUCUCUGGUAGCCUCCCCUAUAGCCUCUAGAGCUAGCUCCCCCGUCUGCUCCCCCAUCAGCUCCCCCAGUCGUGACAACAGUCAGGAGAUGUCAGUGCCACCAGAGGAUGACCCACAGGACAAGGAGCACGGGGCCUCUCCAUCCCCCUCUCUGUCUCCACCCAAAGAGCUGAAACACAGCACUGAACGAUCAGCUGAGGAGGAAGAGGCCACGCACCUGGAUGUGGACGAUCAAGAUGGGAGUCACAUUGAGUCGACAGCAGAGCCAGAGAAACACGGAGACGUGCAGCAGCUGGAACCAGGGCCUUGUAAAGAGCCUCCUAAAGCCCAGUCCUACAUCACACCGGCUUUUUUCCAUCUGAACCGUGAGGAUUCUGAACAACGUCCAGAGGAGGAGUCUGUAGUUGUGGCUUAUAGGUGCGAGGAGGAGCAGACUGUCAACACCGGAGAAGAGAGAAGCAAACAUAUCCAUGAACAGGCACUGACAACAUCAGCAGCAGCAGACUCUGACCACCCCGUUGACUCAGAGAGCAGCAGUCAGGAGGCUCCUCACCAGCCACAGAACGCUAGAGAGAGGCUUGGAGCGCUGAGUCCUGCUGUCGUACUAAGAGACAGAGAGGAGGACAGAGAGGAGAUGGAUCCCCCGGUGUACCCUGAGCCUGACGUGGACCAGGAGACGGCCCAGGCCGUACAGAGCCUCACCCAGGAGACGGAGCUCGACCCAGAGACAGAUAGCGUCAGCUCGGUGUUCCACCAGGACUGUGUCGAGAGAGAGACCCAGGAGGCGUGCCGGAGCCUGCAGACUUACACCCACCAUGUGGCCCCCCAGAGUCCCCCUCAUACCCUAACUUCGCUGGACGAAGGCUGUCCCCAGUCUGACCACAGCAGCCCCCUGUCCUCGGCCCAAUCCCACCCCAGCCAGUCGGUGCGCUCCGUCAGCAGUCCGGCUGUGUCCAUCCUGGAGAGUAGUGGAGGCAGCGGUCCGGCUGUGUCCAUCCUGGAGAGUAGUGGAGGCAGCGGUCCGGCUGUGUCCAUCCUGGAGAGUAGUGGAGGCAGCGGUCCGGCUGUGUCCAUCCUGGAGAGUAGUGGAGGCAGCGGUCCGGCUGUGUCCAUCCUGGAGAGUAGUGGAGGCUACACCCAGAUCAGCCCAGACCACGCCUCCAUCUCUGUCCCCUCCUCCCUCCACAACAUGGCAACCAGCCCCAUGAUGGAUGUGCCGUCAGUGUCAGACCACUCGUCCCAGCAGGUGGUGGACAGUGGCUUCAGUGACCUGGGCUCCAUCGAGAGCACCACAGAGAACUACGAGAACCCCAGCUCCUACGACUCCACACUGGGGGGCAGCAUCUGCGGUGGGGCCGGGGGUCCCUCUCAGAACAGCUGCUCCUACGGCCCCCUCCCCCCUAGCGGCCUGGCGCAGAGCAGCUGUGCCGUCAGCCAGCAAAUGGCGGGCGUCAAUCCUGGCAGCUGUGGUAUGAUUCAGCAGAAUAGCCUGAGCUCUCCGCAGCACUGCAACGUCAAGUCACCACAGGGCUGUGUGGGAGUGGUGGAGAGACCACCAAGUCACAGUCAACACAGUCACAGUCAACACAGUCACAGUCAACACAGCCAUACAAUCACACACAAUCCCCAUGGCCAUACUAGGCACACAAUCACUCCACACAGUCUGCCUCACGGUGCGCCACACAAUCAACACAGCCAGCUAACGCAACACAACCCAUACACACACCCGCAUACACACCCUGCACACAGCCAGCUACAUAGUGUACGACACAAUCAGCUCAGCCAGCACGGUCAACACACCCUUCACACUCAACACGUCACCAGCCAGCACAGCCACUGUCAGCAGCAGACCAUGGCACAGUGUGUCAUUCCCACCAACUUCACCGUGCCCAUGCAGCUAGCUGACAGCCCAGAUUCAGGCAGCUCCAACCUGAGCAGCUUCUACGAGAGGAUAAACCAGGAGGGCUAUAGCAGCGGUCAUUACUCCCAGCCCUCGGCCACCUUCAGCCUGGCCAAACUACAACAGUUGACCAACACCCUGAUUGACCACCCACAUUCUCUGCCUUUCAACCACCCUCACUCAACCUCCCACCCCCACUCAGUCUCCCACCCCCACUCAGCCUCCCACCCCCACUCAGCCUCCCACCCCCACUCAGCCUCCCACCCUCACUCAGCCUCCCACCCUCACUCAGCCUCCUACCCCCACUCAACCUCCCACCCCCACUCAGCCUCCCACCCCCACUCAGCCUCCCACCCCCACUCAGCCUCCCACCCCCACUCAGCCUCCCACCCACACUCAGCCUCCCACCCUCACUCAGCCUCCUACCCCCACUCAGCCUCCUACCCCCACUCAGCCUCCCACCCCCACGCCAUCACAUCCUAUACAAACAGUGCCUCCCUGUCAUCGCACUCUCAGCACUCUGGCCUGGUGUCUCUGUCCCAAUCCCCACAUCCCCAUGGCCCCCACGGGGUCACUCCUCACCCUGGGGCCUCCCAGGUCCAAGUACAGGCCACCAUGACUCCCCCUCCGCCCUCCUCCCACCCCCUUAGCUCCCCUCAGAUGAUGUUGCAACGCAACGCCAUGGGUAUCCCCAACAUCACCCCCUCCCAGAGGACUCUACAGGCUCAGAUGGCCUCCGGGGGACACAAGGGCCCCACACACAUCUCCAUGCGCUCCAAGUCAGCGGCCCCUGGUCACUCCGCCCACCAGCAGCAGCAGCACCAGCAGCAGAUGUACAGCCAUGCCCACGGGGCCCCCCAGACAGUCACCAUGCAGGCCCCCUCGUCCCGGACGCUUGCAGCCAUGCCCAGGGGCAUGAACUUGGGCACGGUCAACAUCAUGCCGGCUUCCUACAACCACGCUGUGAACAUGCCCACUGCCGCCGCCAUCAACCACGCCAUGAAUGGCUACCGCGUCAACGGUGGUUACCCCGGCAGCCAGAUAUCGAGUCAACAGAUGGCUGCGGCCUACAUGAACCAGUCGCCCGGGUCCCAGUACGCCACUAUGCAGAUGGGCAUGAUGGGAACGCAACCAUACCCCCAGCAGCCCAUGCAGGCUCCGCCCCACGGCAACAUGAGGUUCUCUUCAGCUGGUCACCAUGGAUACAUGACCAACACCGGACCUAUGUCCAAGCAGACACUCAAAGGGCCUUUCAUCAGACGGUAACCCACGGUUACUAACCUAACCGUUAACUAACAGUAACUACCGACAGACUGAAUCAAUCUGACUGGAUGUUUAAAUCACACAAAUGUGCAUUAUUAAUUAUUACUAUUAGUUCCUGAUGCACACAUUUGGCCUUUUUGGUUGUUGAUAAUGUUUGUUUGUUGUAAUUUUGUUAAUAGUUACUUAAAAACCAGCACUUGGAAAGAAUGCAUCAAGUUUGAUCAACAAGCAAACUUUCUACAAAAAGCUACUAUCUAUCUAUGUCAAAGUAUUUUUGUUCCUAACAGAUGGGAAGCCUUACGUCAUAAAGAUGAACAUUUAUUUAAUUAGCAUUAGUUUCCCUGAUCAGUCCGUAGGAUAGGCGGGGUAGGGGCCAGGGGGGAGACGGGCGAGAGAUUUCAUCACCGGGAGGGAGAGCGUGAGUGUAGUUAUGUAGCAGCCUCAAAACGAAGCCAUCUAAUGUGCCUGCUACAAACAGAUUUAAACUAUUGGAUAUUCCUAGAACCUGUUCAGUGUACCUGUCUAACAGUGCUGACAAUUAGUUUGUACUAUACUCAUGCCUUUGUAUAUGUAAAUUAUUGUACUUAUUUUGUAAAGUGACAAUUAGCAUGCUUCGGUCUUCGGUCUCCAUUAGUAACAGUGCAUUGAGUAGUACUGUACAAGUGUUGUGCUUAAUAGCAAGACAUUUUAAAGACAUUUUUGGCCUUUUGUUAGGUUCCCUCGCUUACAAAGCGGGGGAGAAAGAUGAAACUAUAUUUUGUUAAUUCUAAUAAUAAUGUAAAAAAAAAUGGUCAACUUCUUUAAUCCUGUUCUUCUGUACGGUUGAGAGGUUUUAUUACCAUGUAUGUAUAAUUCUGAAGUCUUUUGUAACAGAUAUCUUUGAGGCAGCUUUCUGUUUUAUAAUGCAGAAGACUUCUGUCAAGAUAAAUAAGCAUAUUGCACCCCUCACUCUGAUUUUGUUUUUAAAUUUCAGAGGUGUACCAAUGUCGAAAGUGUUGACAAAAAAAUAACAAUAAAGAAAUAUAAAUUUAGUCCAAAGUUGAUAUUUUACAAUUUCUUUAAAAAGUUACAUUUUCAUUCCAUCUGUAGAUUUGUUUUCUAUCUUGAUAAAAUGUUGGAUUUAUAUUUUACAAAGUGUAGGAGAAGAGAGGAUGUAAAUAGACCAAACUAAGCUAACAGAUUGCAUGUAAAAAGCCACUUGUACUUGUGUUUUUGUUAAUAUUGCUCUUUUGUAGCCUUUACCUGUACAGAAUGGCUGGUAGGGACAGUCACAGGGGGAGACCUGGCUAUGUGCACAAACAAUUGGACAGAAUGACAGUCUUGUAUUUAUGACUUUUCUCCUUUGGCAGUCACUUAUAAAUGCUGUACAUUUUAGCAUAAAAUAAAUGAUGAUUGACCAUG